CCAUUCUCAACUGCUCCAAUGUGACAAAUGCCCCCUUCCUGUCUAACAGAACAUCGCCCACAAUGGCGCCGCCCGCGAAGCGACGCAAGCGCGCCAUCGUGGAUGACGACGAUUCCGAAGACGAUGCCCUCCAAAACAGAAACACCCUGAAGCGUUUCCUGUUCUCGUCUCCCGACAAGACCAAGUCCCCCGACAAAGCCAACGCCACAGACGCUGCCGCCGCAUCGAGCAAUUCUCCGCUACUCUCGCCGAGCCCGGCCCGCAAACGCACCACCCGCGCAACCGCUGCCGCAUCAACAGCUGCUCAACCAACCCCAGGCGCCACCCGCAGCCCGAGCACGAGCCCGCUCAAAUCUCGCACGCGAGCAGGCACGCAGAAGAAGCGGAAAGCAGCCGCAACAGCAGCAUCAGCCUCCGGGGCAGGAGCGGGCGAGGAUGAGAAGGGCGGCCGAUCCGCCGAUCUGCCGACUCUCUUUUCCAGGCAAGCACAGCGCAGCCACGAUCCGAUCUCGGAGGGCAACAAUAACGGGGCGGAGGAGGACGAGGACGAUGUCCCGCUCAUGAUGUCCUCCGCGUCGGCUGCCGCGUCGAGCCUGGUGGGGAGGGCCAAGGCGGCACAGAAGAGGUUCGCGACCUCCUCCGGCAGCGGGGCAUUCCAGCGAGACGGUGGGACACAGGCGGCCGCCGGCGGGCAGAAAUUCCUCCUCUCUGCGAAAUCAAACGCCUCGAGGACGGGUGCGAGUGUUAACGAUGAUGACGAUGCCCGGCCCUGGUCGGAGCGGUUUGCGCCUGUUAGCCUGGACGAGUUGGCGGUGCACAAGAGAAAGGUGCAGGACGUGAGGCGGUGGUUGGACGACGUACUCUCCGGGCGUUUGAGGCAGCGGCUCCUGGUGUUGAAAGGUCCCGCUGGGUCAGGAAAGACGACGACGCUGAGAUUGCUAGCACGGGACAUGCGAUGCGAAGUGCUGGAGUGGAAGAACCCGGCGAACUCCUUCGGGCUUGCUGGCCAUGGGUAUCAGUCAGCUGCGUCACAAUUCGAGGAGUUUCUUGGACGAGGAGGGAAGUUUGGCCAGCUGGAUGUCGAGUCGGAUGACGCGACGCCACAGCCGAUGCCGCCGCCGCCGCCCUCGGGCGCCGCUGCGAAUGGGGCGGGCAAGGCAACAGAGAGGAGGCUGAUGCUAGUGGAAGAGUUUCCAAACACAUUCAUGCGGUCAUCAAGUGGACUGGUGGGGUUCCGGAAUGCGAUAUUGCAGUUUCUGGCCGCCAAUACGCCGGCACUGGCUGGGUUUGGGUUCGGCUACAACUCGGAGCCCGUCACGCCCAUCGUCAUGGUCAUAUCGGAGACGCUGCUUACCACGACAUCGGCUUCGGCAGACAGUUUUACCGCCCACCGGCUGCUCGGCCCCGAAAUCUUAAGACAUCCGGGAACGGGUGUCAUCGAGUUCAACCCAAUCGCUCCGACUUUUCUCGCCAAAGCCUUGGAGCUGGUGGUCCAGAAAGAAGCUCGAAAGUCGGGCAGGCGACGGACUCCUGGGCCUCUCGUGCUUCAGCGACUAGGCGAGAUUGGGGAUAUCCGGAAUGCGAUAUCGUCCCUUGAGUUCCUUUGCCUGAAAGGUGACGACGAGGCGGACUGGGGCUCCAGAGUUGCGUUCACCAAGCCGAAGCGGGGAGCGAAGGGCGUCCCAGCCCUGACGAAAGGCGAGCAGGACAGCCUCGAACUGGUGUCGCAGCGAGAAGCCACUCUCGGGAUUUUCCACGCGGUCGGCAAGGUCGUGUACAACAAGAGAGGUAGCGAGUUUCCGGCGGGUUCCGUCGAAGCAGCAGCCGAGAGUCUGCCGGACUACAUGUCACACCUCUCCCGCCCUAAACCUUCCGAGGUCUCUGUCGAUACGCUCAUCGACGAGAUCGGCACCGAUACGCACACGUUCAUGUCUGCGCUUCACGAGAACUUUGCGCUCUCCUGCGAGCGAAGUGGCCCGCUCGACCCCAACUCCUCGCUGGACUACAUCAACGGCUGCCUCGAUUACCUCUCGGAGAGCGACUUGCUCUGCCCGUCCUGGGAUGUCUUCUUUGGCGGAAAGGGAUUUGGUGGGGGUUACACGGGCAAGGACUCGGCCAGCCAUAUCCUGCGGCAGGAUGAGAUAGCGUUCCAGGUGGCCGUCCGCGGGCUGCUGUUCUCGCUGCCGUCGCCGGAGGAGCUGGAGGGGUUAGUUGAUCUGUGGGCGGCCAAGAUGCUCAGGGGGGAGGAUGGUGGGCCUGGUCCACCGUCAUCGGCGCACUCGCAGGGGUUUGUUAGGGACGGGUCCUCUGCGUUUCGCAAGGCCGGCGGUAGCAAUGGAGUUCUCGGAAGCAAGGCUCCGGCGUCCUCGACGGCGCAUCAGGUGGGCAAAACUAGCGGGCAGGCUCAGACGAAUCCUACGCCGCUCCUCUCACUCGGAAAUGCGGCACGACAGGAGUUGCUCCUCGAGCGCUUGCCAUACAUGGCACAGAUUGCGCGCGGCAAGUGGUGCUCCUUUGGCACGAUGAAGAUCAGAGACCUCGAAAAGAUUAUAUCCUUCCAGGGAAUUGGUCCACUCGGCGCGGGCGAGGAUGAGGGGGAUGAUGCGGCAGACGAGGAGAGCGGUAGCAGCUUCGGCCUGGCCGAAUCCUGGGCCACAGACAAACCUACGGAAGAGGGUUCUCCGCGGAAAAGGAGAGGCCUCGGCGCAAUCCUGAGCGGCAGGACAGGCCGCGGAAGGAGUGAGGGGGAGGAGGAACCCAGCCUGCCCAUGCAGAGUCUGGUGAUUAGUGAUGAUGAUAUUGAGGAUGAUUAGGAACAGAUGCGUCUGGUCAUACAUGGG